AUGGGAGAGGGAUAAGUGUAUUACAUUCUAUACGGUCGCGAGUUCCAACUCCAACAACGGCCAUUAUUUAAUUCUGUUACGGCAGCGCCAUGCUCAUUUCGCAUGACCCUAUUUUGUUGAAUUCCGCUUUUGUCCCCACUCCCAUUUCAGAACAUCGCCAACGUUCUCAUUUUCUUUGCUUCUCUUCUCGCUCAGGUACUCUCCUCUCUCCCAUUCUUUUUUUCUUCUUCACGUUUUUUAUGCUAAUUAAUCGCUUUAGAAUUUCUAAGCAUUCAAUCUACAUUACAUUUUCUAAGGAAUUUUUCGUUUCUAUCUUCUUUAUUAGCGAUUGACGCGCAUUCAAAUCUUGUUUUCUUCUUGUUCUUUUAUUUCAUAUAUCGAAUUUUGGACGUGAUUAUGGUAUGUUCCAUGAGGCUUGGAGCGUAGGCGUAGCGUAAUCUUGUGUGAUUCAUGUAAUCUUUUUAGAUAUGGAUACUGCUGCAACUCAAAGUCUUUACCCUUUGCACCGGUGUAAAACUCUUCACCUGGUUAGACAUGCCCAAGGAUUUCACAAUGUAGAAGGAGAGAAAAACCCUGAAGCGUACUUGUCCUAUGAUCUUUUUGAUGCAAACCUGACCCCUCUUGGCUGGAAGCAGGUUGAUAAUCUGAGAGCACAUGUUAAGGCAAGUGGUCUUUCCAAAAGAAUUGAACUAGUUAUUACUUCCCCCUUGUUAAGGACCAUGCAAACAGCAGUUGGAGUGUUUGGUGGUGAAGAAUACACCGAUGGGAUUGAUGUACUUCCUCUGAUGUAUGACAAUGUGGGAGAUAGUGGUCGUGGUGCAAUAUCUAGUCUGAAUUCCCCACCAUUUAUAGCAGUAGAGCUUUGCCGAGAACAUUUGGGAGUUCAUCCUUGUGAUAAGAGAAGCAGCAUCACAGAGUACCAGCAUAUGUUUCCAGCAAUUGAUUUUUCACUGAUAGAAAAUGAUGAGGACAUUUUGUGGAAACCUGACAAUAGAGAGAAGAAUGAAGAAGUUGCUGCCAGGGGACUGAAAUUUUUGGAAUGGUUGUGGACACGUAAAGAAAAGGAGAUAGCUGUUGUUACCCACAGCGGUUUUCUGUUUCAUGCCCUAAGUGCUUUUGGAAAUGAUUGCCAUCCAACAGUGAAGAAUGAAAUCUGUACACACUUUGCUAAUUGUGAGCUACGUUCAGUGGUUAUCGUUGAUAGACGUAUGAUAGGUUCAGAUGAGUCCUCUACCAACUAUCCUGGCAAAAUUCCAUAUGGCCUUGACCUUCCCAGUGAUGCUGUUGACGGGAAACAUCCUGAGAAUGGGGAGGCGAAAUGAUGGUUUCCCUGCUCUGUUACAUGAUGGAAUUUUCUUCGGUUAUGUUAUUUCUCAAUCACAUUUAUAGCUUUUCACGAUGCUAAACGCAACACGGUAUCAACUUUUUAUGAUAAAAAGAUGGAUGCCGACAACGAAUACUACAUUUUAGCAUUCCUUAAAUGGCUCAAUUUCAUGUAUGGACAAAAGACAUUGCGAUCUUUUUUAUUCACGGUUAACGCUCCUUUGACAUAUUUUAACUUUCCUUGGUAAAACUGGAUUGAAGAUAUUGAUU